AAAGCCAGUUCAGGAAGAAUUUAAAGGUGAAGGCAUGCAAUAAAAUUAAAAACUCCUCCACUGUCUUCAUAGUUUGUUCAUAUAAAAUCAAACCCCCGCACCCAGAAGUCUUCACCACAGCAGCAACAAUCAACCAAAAAUGGGCGCAACACAACUGUUUGUUCUGUCUCUUAUUUCCCUCACUCUCCUCUCCGCAGUUUCUUAUUCAGAAGGCAAUGGGCUGAAGAUGAACGCCAUUGACAGAUGCUGGAGAUCGAACCCGUACUGGAGGAGAAACAGGCAACAACUGGGCGUUUGCUCGGUGGGUUUCGUUGGAAAAAUGACCAACAACAUCGGAAGAAAUCUCAUACGCUACCAAGUCACCGACCCUAGCGACGACCCUAUAAACCCACGCCCAGGUACACUCCGAUACGGCGCCACAAUGAUCAAGUCCAAAGUCUGGAUCACCUUCCAAAAAGGCAUGCACAUCCUCCUCCACAAGCCGCUUCUCAUAAGCAGCUACACAGCCAUCGACGGGCGAGGGGCCAGCGUCCACAUCUCCGGGAAUGCAUGCCUGGUGGUCUCCAAGGCCACCAACAUCAUAAUCCACGGCCUUAUCAUCCACCACUGCAAGGCUCAGGGCGCAGGCCAAGUCAUGGGCCCUAAUUCCAAGUUGGUUUCACUUGGACACGUGGACGGCGAUGCCAUUCGUUUAGUUUCAGCCUCCAAAGUCUGGAUUGACCACAACACACUGUACCGCUGCGAGGAUGGGCUGCUCGACGUCACCAGAGGCUCCACUGACAUCACCAUUUCCAACAAUUGGUUCCGCGACCAAGACAAGGUUAUUCUUCUCGGCCACGAGGACGGCUAUGUCCGAGACAAGAACAUGAGAGUCACCGUCAUCUAUAACCAUUUUGGACCCAACUGCAACCAAAGGAUGCCCAGGAUCCGACAUGGGUAUGCGCACGUGGCGAACAAUUUGUACCAAGGAUGGACGCAAUACGCAAUUGGAGGGAGCAUGAAUCCAAGCGUCAAGAGUGAAGCCAACCUGUUCAUCGCAUCAAAAUUAAAACAGAUUGUAUGGAGCACCGGGAAAGUAGAGGCGGCAAAAUGGAAGUUUCAUUCCGUAGGAGACGUUUUUGAAAAUGGAGCUUCCUUUGAACAGAUUGGUGUGGGGCGAGGAGGCGUAAAGCCAAAUUACAGCGCCCAGCAGCGGUUUCCAGUGGCUGAUGCUAAGUGGGUGAGAUCAUUGACAAGCUCCUCCGGGGCUCUACGCUGCUCGUCAAAAUCAAGAUGUUGACAAUUAUAUGAACUUUAAUUUUGAUGGUGGAAGAGAUUAUAUGAAUAACAAUUACUGAGAUUAAAAGAAGCAUUAUGAUACAAUAUAGAAGCGAUAUUCAAACACACACUUAAUUAAGAAGGAGAAAGGGGAAAAAUUGAAGAACACACUUGAACAAAGAACCUUUAAGGAUCGAAAGGAAUAUUGAAAAACAAGAACAAAUAAGCGUAAGGAGAAUGAAUGACAGAGCACGCGAGCGGUGCCGACAUUCCAAUUAUGGUCAAUUAAAACUACAUCAUACAUGUAAACAAAAGGAAUACGUAUUAUGGUAAGAAAGAGAGGAGGUGCCAGGCUGACCGAG